GUCUGAGCUCCUGCCUUUUAGGGCUGGCACACGGCUCUGACUCAGGGUUGGAUCUGCCCACUAAUGAUCUGGUGCCUACAGCCCUCUUCUGAUGUGAGCUAUCUGAGCCCAUCUUGUCUCCUUGAAGGCAGCAAAACCCUCAGAAAGCUUUGCUGCCAUAAUAGCACUUUGUGGCUUUACUGUAAUCACCUGGUGGCAGAGAAAGUAUGACUUUGGGACUCUCAGCACCCUGAGAAGACAGAGGCUGCUGCUCUCUCCAGCAAGAGGGUACCCUGGAGGAACCAGUCUCUAUGCACCUGCCUGAAGAUGAGCUACAACACAACCAAAAAUGCAGCAGUCACAGCGCCAGAAUCACUAUGAGCAAGACCGGAGUGCACUUAAGCGGAAGGAAUGGGAGAGAAGAAAUCAGGAAGUCCAGCAAGAUGAAGAUCUCUUUGCUUCAGGUUUUAACCUCUUUGGGGAGCCCUACAAGACAAAUAAAGGCGACGCCCUUGCAAACCGUGUCCAGAACACAUUGGGAAAUUAUGAUGAGAUGAAGGAUCUGUUAACCAACCACUCCAACCAGAGCCACCUUGUAGGAAUCCCAAAGAAUUCUGUCCCACAGACACCCAUUGACAAAAAUGAGCAGAACUUUUUCCCAGAACCGAGGAACAGGAUGAUCCCAUCUCAUCAGAUUAGUGGCAACUCAUCAACGUCAAUGCCUCCACCUUCUUCAUUGUCAUCUAAUUCUACUUUGCUGCACAGCCACCAGAGCAGCAGGAAGUCGAGGACAGACUGGUCACGCAGUGGUCACAACUCCAGUGGGGCCCAGCCAAGCCAGCCCAGUGGUCAGCAGAGUCGGACAAAGCACAGCUCUUCUCAUGACCAGUCACAGGGCAGGUAUGAAGAUCUCUACAAUUGCCAGAGUGAGCAGCAUAAAAGUGGGGGAACUGAGGAAGCAAGUGCUAUGGCAACAUCUUCACAUUCAAGGAGGCACACUCAUGCAAAGUCAGCACCUGGAGAGCACACUUACAAAGAAAACAGUCAUUCGAAGUCACCCACAGAGCUUGAGUUUGUAGGCCAUGGUCCUGGAUCUCCACUUCCUUCCACUUCUUUGUUAACUGCAAACAAUGGUCUUUCAACUCAGAAUUUCCCACCUGGACUUCACUGUAAAAACAGCAUGGUCCAGCAAAAGCCUACAGCCUAUGUCAGGCCUAUGGAUGGUCAGGACCAGGUACCCAAUGACUCACCUGAACUGAAACCCCCAAUAGAAAUUGAGAGUGGAUAUGGAAAUCAGUCCUUUGGAGCACUGCUGGAAGGAAAAGUGAACACACCUAGUUCGAAGAACAAAGUACCAAAGCUCAACAUUCCUCCUGUUAGUGAAGUUGCCCUUCCCAAUGACUCCAGCUGUGUGGAAGAAAUACUGCGGGAGAUGACCCAUUCCUGGCCUCCUCCUCUCACUGCUAUUCACACUCCGGGCAAGGCUGAGCAGACCAAGUUUUCUAUCCCAAGCAAGGACUCCCAACAUCUGACCUCAGGAUACAAUGUACAAAAGUGGAGUGAUCCAGCAGGGAAAGUUGCAACUAAGUCAGUGCCACAAAAGUCAAUGCUUGAGGAUGAUCUAAAACUCAGCAGUGAUGAAGAUGAUAAUGAUCAGGCUGCCGAAAAGACAAAAUUGAGAAACAUUCCUGUAAACAGCCUGCCAGUGCCAGUGGCACAUGCCGCUGGCUUGGCCCAUUCCAGCGGCGGCUCCGGCAGCUCCAGUGAGUCCGAGAGCAGCUCCGAGUCCGACUCCGACAGCGAGAGCAGCUCCAGCGACAGCGAGUGCAACGAGGAGUCACGCAGUGCCACGCCAGAGCCCGAACCCCCCUCAACAAACAAAUGGCAGCUGGAUAAGUGGCUAAAUAAGGUGAACCCCCACAACAAGACCAUCAUCAACAAUCAAAAUGAGCCUCACAGUGAGAGCAGCUCCCAGGCCCAGAGCAACCAGCAGGCCGAAGGGCCAAACAAAGGGAAGCUCAACAGCAGCCUGCCCCCGACCGAUUCCAAAGACCGGGCGAUCCUUAGUCCCAUCCGAGAGAAAGCCAAACCACGGGUUGCCCAGAAAACCCCAGAGGCAAAAAGCUCCAAGCAGAAGUCACCAGCUCAUAAUGAGCCAAGUUCACAAAGGACUACUGGGAAAAAGCAACCCAAAAAGGUAGAAAGGACUUCCAGUGUAGAAGAGUAUAACUGGCCCAAACCAAAUAAUACCAGCAACACUCCCAAAGAAAAAGACACACAGGAACCCCCCGAGCAGCCAAAGGUUCGAACUAAAGCAGCAGUUGGGAAGACAGCUCCAAGGAAAGAACCACGAACUAGCACAGGUCUCACUUCAGAGAAGAAAAAGUACAGAGGCCCCAGCAAAAUUGUCCCAAAGUCACGGGAGUUCAUUGAAACUGAUUCAUCUACUUCUGAUUCAAACACAGACCAGGAGGAGAGCUUGCAGGCAAAGGUGCUGCCAGCCUGCACUGGGUCUGGCAGUGGUGUCAAAGUGAAGGACUCUGGCAGUAACAUCCUCAGCGUAAGUAGCUUAACCAGCAAUGGCAGCAACACAUCCAUUGACCAGACCAGCAACGACCUGGAGGAGCAGCUCUUUUCUCCUAUCCCAAUCGUACAAAAUGAACUUCUGUCCCCACUGAGAGAAUAUGAAGAACUCAAAUCUCUGUGGGUGAAAAUAGACCUUAGUUUACUCUCUAGGAUACCUGGACAGGAAACUUUUGAGACCACGUCUGUGAAAAGUGAACCAAGAGAGGCAAAUGUGAAACACAGGCGACCAUCUCGAGAGUCCCCUACCCCAGCAGCUGAAAAACCCCCCACCAAAUCCAAAAGAAAACACAAGCAGACAGAAAGCCUGGAAACCUUUGUUGAAAGCAAGAAGCAGCGCCUGGAGGAGCCUCCAGCUUCCUGUCUGCUCCCACCUUGUAUCUCUCCAAUACCGAACCACAGAAUAACCAGCACUAAAGAGAGCAGCAGUAGCUCGGUGAAGAAGGUGACGAAGAAAAGAGAAGAGAAGCUGUUCCCUCCUCCCUUGUCCCCGCUCUUGGACGACCCUGUGCACCGGCGGCAUGGCAGUGACAACAGCUCCUUCAGCCAGGAGCCCGCUGUCACAAACCCCUCACAGACCAGCAGCUCUUCCUCCUCUGUUUCUAAACACAGAAAGAAUGAAAAUAAAUCUUCUUCUAACCCCAAAGGAAUCUGUGAGGAAGAAUCUCACAGUACACCCACAGCCAACACUCUCCUUGACACCAGCCAUCUAGAACCAGACGUCUGGUCUGCCAUGCCAACGCUUUCCAAUGGGAAUUCUGAGCCCAGAAGACCCAAAAUAACGUUUGAUGAUGUGCUGCACAAUGCAGAUUAUUACAUGCAAGAGGCUAAGAAGCUGAAGCAUAAAGCAGAUGCACUGCUGGAGAAGUUUGGUAAAGCAGUGAAUUAUGCUGAUGCUGCCCUCUCCUUCAUCGAGUGCGGGAACGCUAUGGAGCGAGAUCCAUUAGAAGCUAAAUCUCCAUACACCAUGUACUCAGAGACUGUGGAACUCAUCAGGUAUGCAAUGAGACUCAAGAAUUUCACAGGCUCUUCUGCCACGGAAGGGGACAAGAAAUUAGCAGUUUUAUGCUACCGAUGCUUAUCACUUCUCUACUUGAGAAUGUUUAAACUAAAGAAGGACCAUGCUAUGAAGUACUCCAGAUCUCUGAUGGAAUAUUUUAAGGGUUUUACAAGGUGCUACACAGACGUGAAAGGCAGAAUGAGUAAGCAGAACUCUUCAAAAGCCUCUCAGGCCCCCUCACCUUGGGGCGGCAAUGGAAAGAGCACAGAAACCCCCUCGCCCAUGUCCCUGAGCCCGUCCCCCGUCAGCUCUGCUGGGAGCAGCUCAGGCACCGCCGGCUCUUCCUCGGCGGGCACCAUCACCAUCCCCCAGCGCAUCCACCACAUGGCUGCCAGCCACGUCAACAUCACCAACAACGUCCUGCGCAGCUACGAGCACUGGGACAUGGCUGACAAGCUGACCAAGGAGAACAAAGAGUUCUUUGUAGAGCUGGACUCAGUGAUGGGACCCUUAACACAACACAGCAGUAUGACCAAUCUGGUUCGUUACGUUCGCCAGGGACUCCACUGGCUCCGCAUUGAGGCUCAUUUGUUGUAGUGACUGCUGCCCUGUUCAUGACAUCCCCAUUCUUCUACCUCUACCAGCGCAGAGACGAUCACUGGUGGAACUCCACUCAUUUUUGGAAGUUUAUUCAUGUAACUUCAUUUUUAUUGCCUUUUUUAAUAUCCUAUCUAUUGGAAGUAGAAGUCACCAUAAAUGAAACGUAUGACUCAAGAGCAGUAUGUGUUGUACCAUCUAAUCAUCUUUGACAAUUUUCUAUGCCUUGUGUCUCCUGGAUCCUGCCAUCCUUAUGUGCUUUAUGGAACGGUACAUUCCCUGCAGUGUUGUUUUAAGUCCAUGCUGCCUUCAAGUGAAAACAAAAAAAAGCACUUUGAGAAGAUAUGGAUUCCUGAGAAAUAGUACAAAGCGUCUUAAAUAUUUGAGGGUAUAUAUGAGAAGUCCCUUCUGAAAUAAAUUAGUAGAAGUUAUAGCUAUUCAUUCAAAAUCAUCUUCUGAACCUGAACCAAGCUUUUCGACGCUUAAUUCUGGCAUCAUUACCUGACUCAGUACAUUCCUAAGAUUUCAUACUCCCUAUGGGUUUAAUCUCUAAAAGAGAAUGUUGAAAAUCUUACAGGCACAUAAUGUAAGAUCACCAAAGGUGUUAAGAGGUAAAAGGUUGAAGGAAUGCCUCAUUAAAGAAUGAUGACACACUAUGCAAUGAGGUUUUGAUAUUCCAUUCUUCCUGUUUAUUGUUGGCUUAAUAAUUUCAGUAGGCAGCAAAAUUUAUUGCAGUUUUUAGGCAGUUUCAAAAUAUUAGCUUUCUUAGUCUUAUCUACCAUUCCUAUACUAGAUCUGUGAAUUUUCUUUCUGUUUUACUGUUUAGUCUCAAACAAAUACUUAUCCAAGAUUUUUCUUCAUAGAACAAUCUCUCCUUGCAUAGUGACUCACUGAAAGCAGAUUUUAACAGGACUGCUGCACUCUAAGCAUUGAUAUUGUAUGUAAAAGUCCUUUAAUAAGUGUAUGCAGAUUCUUCAUUAACUAUCUAGAAGUUUAACUAACCAGCUACUGUUGAAACAUUAUAAUUCCAUGUGGCAUCAAUUUUCACCUGUUUUGUUCAUUUCAUAGCAUUAGAAACAAACAGUAUUAUCUUGCGAUCUUGAAAACAAUGUCAAAUUAAAUAAAAUCACCAGAUUUACCCAAAAGCAAUAUAACAUUUGUUUAAUAAUGGCCAUGAAUACUUCAGUCAGAUUACCUUUUCUCCAAGCUCUGCAUCUCUUUACCCAUGCUGUCAUGUUUUGGACCAUUCCUCUAAUGCAUGAAUAAUAAUGAGACAAUUCAGAUAGAAUUUCAAAGCAAUUGUGAAUAAAUUGCACCAUUUCACAUUUGCUCUUUCCUCUUAUUUUUUUCCCUGUUAUAAACUGCACUGCUCUUCUGGUGCCACUGAAAGAAGCGCUGGUGCAUGAAACAAAACAAAAUGAAUUUAUAUCAAUAAUUCACAAGACUUUAAAUGGUCUCAUCUCAUUCUUGAUAUAACGCCUGCAUACCUUACUGAACUGUAAAUUCCAUUUCUAUAAACAGAAAAUCCUCAUAGCAAUGUAAAUAUUAUUCUGUCUCAUCUCAUUGAAAUAAUACAAUAUGUGUAUUAAAUGCCAUCCAGAUAUUAGUUAAUUGCAAUUACCUUCUGCUAUAUAAACCUGUAUAUUCUUUAAUCUGGUGAGUUACUGGAUUCUACUCACUAGGUUGUGACCAGAUAAAUAGGACAAAUUUGCAUUUAAAAGGUUCAGACUGUUAAGAUUUUUAGAGCAGGCCUUGGAUAUUUGCAAUAAGAGCAGUUUAAGGACUCUGCCCAGUGCACAUUUAAGACAAACAUUUCUGUAGCUGUUGCAUAUUAGCUCCCUGUAGUAGUACCUUUUCUUAAAAAUCAAUAAUUCCUAACAUUUUGUUCCACAAGACUGUAUUGUAAACACAGCCAACGUCCAUCGUUAGAGAAAUCAUCCAGUGUAGGGUUUUCUGCAAAGGACAUUUGCAGAACAUGCUCGUCCUGUAUUAUCUGCACAUUCCUGUUCCUAAAGUGUUUGAUUCACCCUUAUCUGUUGUCUGAGGGUUUCAGUAACAGGGAUGAAACCUGAAUCUGACACAUUGGUCACGCCAACUCUGUCCCCAGCAGCUAAUGAAUAAAACCAGUGAGAACUAUUCAGAAAUGUAGAUGAAUGGUGGUGGUCGGUGUUUUUUUAAAGAAAAAGAAAAUGAAAAAUUUGAAAUAUUUUUUUUAACAGGUUGGGUACUUGAGAUGGCCUAAGGUUGGGCUGGUUUUGUCAUAAGCCAGAGUUUUCCAUUCUUUUUGCAAGUAACUAUUCAGUCUAAUUAAGUGCAUUGUCAUCACUUGCUCCUUUAAUGUAGAUUGAAAUCCAAGACUUCCAUGCAUUUACAAGGAAUAGCAAUGUCUUGAAAGACAGUCUUCAGGCACAAGACUCUUCAGAGUUUGCUGCAGUCGCUCAGUGAUCACCACAUAUUAUCUUUUCCCUGUUGCUUGUGGUAAACAGGUUCCUAUCUCUAAAUUUACCCCAUGUUCACAGUCUUUUGCUUAAACAGCUAAGGAAUUAGCCCCUCCUGAGUUUGUAUCCUGUGACUGAGGUUGAAAUGUAUGCUGAAUCAAUGGCAUGAUGAUAAUAAGUCCAGCAGUCAAGUCUAGGAUCACAAGCCAACUUACUAUUUAGCAGUCUUCUUUCAAAAGCGGCUUAGAAACAAAUUAAAUAUGGAGAGUAAAUUGCUGUCUUAUCCCUGGGGAUGAUGCUUCUUUUGGGUUAGUUAUUAAGGAUUAUUGCACUUUUACAGGCACUAUAUUCAUCUCAUUUAAAUUGCCAACAUGUCAUCUUCGUGGAAUCAUUUUACCCCUUAAAAUAUUACUUCCAGCAGAGCUAAUCAAAUAAGAUUGUUUGUUUGUUUCAGUCCAUGGGGAAGCAGCAUAUCUGUGCUUGGGCAUUUGCAGUGUCUGCACUUAAAACUGCCCAAUUCAGGCUUUCAAACUCAUUAACCAAGCACCAAAAAUUACAAGAUUGGCUUAAAAUUGUGGUUUGGUUUUAGUUGGUUUUUUUAAAUAAACUCUUUGGUUCCUGUACUGCCUUCUGGAUGGUGAGCUUUGGGACUGGUUUCAUUACACAUUUUCAGGCAUUUUACAAGCAUGCCAAGGGCUGGAACUGACACAUUUCUUUUUAAUGGUGAUAAACUGGAACAGUGAUAGAAUCUCUCGACUUCUGUAGCUGGAUUUAAGAAGGACACCAAGCUUUGUAGAACACUGCCAGAACUUACAAGACUGUAAUUCGUGACCCAUGCCUGAGAAAGUUUGGAGCAAUAUCAAGAGUUCCGCAGUGAAGGGAGCAGGCCUGUAAAGGUCUAAACUCAGGCAUUUGGGGUGAAAGACCCAAGGGCAGCAAAUUCCUAAAUGCUCAAGAGAGGCAUUUACAUAGCACUUAACCUCCACUUCAAGGGCUGCAGCAGGUCUCAAGUAUUUGAGUGCAGGCAGAAUAUCCAGCUCCAAGUGCAGUGAACAUCUCCAGCCAUGGGAUGUGUGUUGGGUGCUCAAGAGCAGGGAGCUGAAGGAAAACCUUUUUCUGAUCGUGUUGGUGGCAACUUUCACAGCUUGCAUUUUAAUUUCACUUUUUCUUACAUGUUCUUUGGACUUUCAGUUAUUGAGAUAUUCUCUCUGUGAAAAGAUUGCUUCAUUUAUAAAUUAUCUCCUUUGAAAAGUAGAGACAUCUGUUGAUAGUUAUGUGGGGGAUUUGAAAAAAUAGGAUUGGAGAUCUUCAUUCCUCCUAAAGAAACAAAACAAGCCAAUUGAAUCUGGAAUUUAAUUUCCAUGCUUUUUUAAAUUUCACAGAUUUUAUUAUGUUCUUCUGUUAUGAUGGUUUAUAUUCACUGAUGUUUUUAGGUACUUCAGAAAAACUGUUUCAGUGAGUUUUUAUCAGCUUUUAAUGCUGUCUAAAUCCAAUUAUUAGUUUUGUGAGUGUAAAUUAAGAGAUAACAAAAAUGGGGCUGGUAGGGAUUCUGACUUUAGUAUUAACAUACUUCAUUACUUGGAGUUCAGGAGAAACUCAGUGCAGCAUUGAAGCAAGACCAUGAGUGUGAGAGUGUGUACACAUCUGCGUGGAUUUAUGUGUAGAUUUGCAGCAGAAAGCUCCUGCUCAUUACUUCAUAGCACAGGAGAAAAGAUCUCGUAGCUGUAAACAGAAAACACUCCUACCACUGCAAGUGGUAGUGGCAUUAUUCAAGUGUUCCUGUGCAGUUUGUGCAUAGUCCUGUUUGCAUCUACUGCCUCUUGCAGACAAUGAAGGUGUGCAGGAAGUGGCAGCAACUCUGUCAUUUUAGUCCUGUGGUCCCUAAAGUCGGUGUAAGAAUGAAUGUGCUGUGUAAGUGUGCUGUUUUUCAGAUUAACUCAUUUGCCAUAGACCAGUGUCUUGAAGUUUUAAGAAAGACAAAAUAUUUAACAAGUCACCAAAGAAAAUUAAAUUGCCAUUCUGGAACAAGUGUAGAAGUGUCCCAGCUUUAGGCAGGCUGCAGACCAAGGGGUCUUUGCAGAGGGCUUUUCCCUGACCUCAGCUGAAUACACUGGGAGUGAGGCAAAGGGGAUGAAGAUGGAAAAUUAAUCUACUUGUUCUUAUGACAUCUUCCAGCUUUACUUUACAUGCUACUUUAUAAAUGCAAUAUAAAAAUAUAUAAAGAAAAAAAAAUAUAAAAACAAAUAAAACUUAAUACUGGGAGAGCUCAAUUCCUCAGUUUCCAGUAAUCCUCCUGAACUUCCAUUAUAUAACCUUAGCACACCAAUGCAUACAGGCAUUCUCUGUUGUCUAAAGUGAUAUGUCUAUAUGGGGGCAUAUUUUGGUUAUAUCACUUGAUAUUUAGCCUAAAUUUAUAGGCUAAGAGCUAUUAGGGUCUUCUUCAUUACUGAAACCUCUCUGCCACUGAAUGCAAAAUGUUCCUGCCUGACUUAGAGAGUAGUCAUCUUCUCCCCAGUACCCUUGUCAGACCUUCCUUUCUGAUGGACUUCAUAGCUUUCCUUAAGCCAUUUUGUUUCAGAGAUGUUUUGUCUUCCAAGAUCAGGAUUCUGAUAAUCUCACACCACUUUAAACCUCUUGUGGUGGCUGCUGAAGUCAGGAUAGAUUGCAUUCAGAUCUUGUGUUAAACUCGGGGGAGGAUGUGGCUCUAUAGAGAGAUGAGAGCAAAUUCAGGUGCAGAUGAGUUACUACAUAAAACUGGUGUCACAUGAAAAUCAAACCUGGCCUCAUCAGGAGGCACUGCAGCAGAAAUACUGUGAUGAAAAGCUGUUCCCAGAAUCACAGGGUGUGUAGUGACAUGUCAGGCAGCUCACUGGCACUGUAAUGAUAUUAGGCAAUGGUAAAAAUGUCAAGAGUGGUUUAAAGAAAGUGGGGCAAGCUGCUGUGGUCUGGCAUUGUGAAUUUAAGCUGAGUGUGCUUCUUGGGAAAGGGGAUUUAUUACUGUUGAUGUGUCCUGCAAAAUAAUACCUAUACUAUGGUAUCCUGUGAAAUCAGAAUACAGCACCACCACUCCCAAUUCUUCAAUGCACCUCAGAGUGCCACCUCAUGUCACAGAGAGGUAAUUCUGGUCACCACCCUGAAGUCACCAUCCAGUUAAACCAUUAUUUUUACUUUAUUUUUACAAAGAAGCAAGGACCAAGCCCAAAGGCCCAGCAGCCACCUUGGGCAGCACUGUGUGACCUGAUGUUGCUUCCCACAGGCUGUGGAGCCACACGGAGCUCCUGAGCCCUCAGCCUGCUCUGGGUGUUGGACUACUACAGGUCUGGGUGGUGUGGAGCCCCACCCAGCCCUGUCCACUGUGCUGGGGGAGCAGUGCUGUGCCCAGGAGGGCCGAGGGACCCCAGCCCCACUGCCUGGGUGAGCAGAGCUGUGGUUCUGCAUUGCUUUCAGGUCUUGGUCUCUGCAGCUGCAGGUGGACGGGGAUGUGAGCACUCACUUGCACUUGCACUGCAUCUGGAAAUGCCAGUCAAGUUGACAGGAGCCAUGCACAUGGUGACAGCGUAGAACUCAGUCAAUACCCACUGAACACAGAUUUAAUUUAAUUUGUGGAAUUUAAUUCGUGGUGUCCACAGGACCACUCGUGUUUACAGGACUCCAACUGAGUCCCACUGAUGCCAGUCUAAAAAGUCAUGUGAGUGGACAAUGCAGCUGUUUGAGGCUUGUUUUCUUCUUUGAUUUUAACUGAGUUACUCUAUCUGCAAGUUUCAUAAGCUCUCUGUGCUAGAUAUAAAUUUACUCACAGCUGUGUGUCACCCUAUUGUAAUACCAUUGAAAGAUCCUUCAAGUAUAGAUAGCCCUAAUUUCCACUCAGUUAUCAGCUUCUCAGAAUUCAAAGGAAGGUCAGAUUCUGAGGUGAAUUUAAUUGUUUUAUUGAACAACAGUAGCUACAGUGGACCAAAAUUUGAGCUUAGCAAAUGUAAAGUAACUUGGCUCAACUGGUGGAAUUCAUGGGACCAAAUUCUGCUGUCAUGUGGCAUUAGUGCAAGUCUUACAGAGCUUGCUGAAUACUGUUUAUCAAAGGAGAAGCUGGAUUUAAAAAAUGGCAUAGCCUUACUGGAGUUGUGUGUAUUAGGCCAGAACUUAAGUUGUAUAAACCCAAUUAAUUGAUUGGAAUUCCAUCCAUUUUUGUUCUGGCUGGGCACUCAUCUCAGUGAAAGUAGUUCAAGGUCUGUGUACUAGAGCUGGAAUAACUGCAAGCAGAUUUUCUCUUCAACCAGACCAUGUGUUGACUCAGCCCUGGCCCAGGGAAACCACCACUGACUUCAUGACAAGUAACAAUGGUGUGGACAUGGCGAAGCUUUGACCCACUGACAGGAGACAUUUACCCUUGAAUUUAUGAAAUAACUGGAUAGUGGAUAGCAACACAAAUGUUUUAUUUAAAUCAGAGCUAGAGUACAAGUUCUUCAGUUGCUGUAAACUGGUAAAGGAGUACUGAUUUCAGUGGAGUUCAUCCAAUAUGCACACACCAAGGAGCAAACCCUCUAAUCCCAGACUAAUUUUUGCCAGUUUAUCUCUAUGUAGAUAGACUCCCAAACCUUUUAUCGUCAUGCCACUGAAAUUAUUAAUAUACCAUAAUCCUUGCCUGUGAAGAAGUAGUGUACUUUGCAAAGCUAUGCAGUGUAUAGCACGUCAUAAAACUGCUUUAGACCACACAGUCUGGAGAUUUGUUUUCAGAAACGAGACGAGCAGAGCAUCUUCUGAUCUGAUGUCGAUUACACCUCACUCUGCACUUCCACAGCUGAGCUUUUCAUACAGAGUGAUGGCUGCAUGUUUCUGAUGACUGUGGGCCAAAGCUUCAGCUGAUGUGCCUCUAAGUAGCUCUGUGGAUGUCAGUGCUGUUUUACACCAGCUGAAAAACCAGUCCUCUCCCUAUUCAUACUGUGCUGCAUGCCCUAAUGCAGCUCUAUAAAGGCACACUGAGGCUGAGCAUAUAUUGAACUAUUCCAAUUCAGCACUAGAUAAUCCCUGCUAAAAAAAAUUGGAGGGUAAUUUCUGCUUGCCAUCUAGGCUUGCAUAUAUUUGGGGUUUAACUAAAGGCAUAUUGCAAUUUCAUUACCUACCAGUUUAAAUAUUUACUGGCAUCAGCAUUACCUUGCAUAGAAAAAUGGCAAAUAAAUUCAGACAUGUCAUAAAUGCUCUCAGUCUAGAGAUGGAAUCUGUUACUUAAGCUCAAAGACAUUGCAGCAGGCUAAAGUGUUUUUCCUAAUCCAAUUGGGUUCUGUACAUUUAGAAGUCAUGGCAAAUAUUUAUCUAGGCCCAAUUCUGCUGUUCUUCCCCUGAGCAUCCUGGUUGGCAGGUUGCUCCACUGAAGUCCACAGCAGUAACUGUGUGAAUUGGUGCUCAGCACACAGAUUGCAGAAGCAGGCACUGAAUAUGUUAGGUUGCUGCAAUCAGGAGUUUAAUUUUAGCCAUAUGUAUCAUUUGAGGACACUUAAAAAUUAUGUACAUUUUGUUCAAGCUGACAGUCCUUGUAUUUCCAUAAAAUAUUGUAUAACUUAUUCCUGUCUGUAUUUUUGACAUCUCUGGAUUGCAUAUCUUCUACUGAAUCUUAAAUGCUGUUUUUUUUAAACCCACAUUCAAAAGGUCUAGGACAUACCAUCACAGAAUAUAAAAACAAGUCAAAGAUCUGGUGAUGUUUUGCUUUGGUUUUGAGUUCUCCUUCAGUUUGUGUUUUGGCUUGGCUGUGGCACUCCCAGAAUUUUUGGAAUGGCUCAACUCAAUUCAAGGUUCUUCCUGUCUUUUAGGAAAAAAAAAAAGCAAAAUACAACUAAGGUUCAGGAAAAGCAAUCCUGGCAAACUUGGUGGCUGUUUGCUCUUUCUAGCUGUCCUGAUUUUUUAGCCCUGCCAUGUUGGGAGUAGUCUAGUCUGUGGGUUCUCUCACCCACCAUUUCUGGCUGUUGUGACAAAUACUAUUUUUUGGUUUUUUUUUCUUUUGUGUGUGUGUGUGCGUGCGCAUGUAUAAUUAACCAAAAUAUCAGGAAAAUUUAUAUAGGCUUUCUUCUGGUUCCUGGAAAUAGAGCAACAUUAUGACCUUAUGGUCUUCCAGCAAAAGUCAAAUUUAAUUUCUGCAUUGCAGUGCAACUUAAUUAGCUAUUGGAAUUUGAUUAUGGUUUACUAAAUGGCCUUUUACCUUACGUUCUUAUGUUCUUACUUUUUAUUUACUAUUGAAGUAGCCUCUUCUUUUUCUCAUGUGUGCAAGUAUCAUAUCAAUAAUCAUUGCAAUUCCACAAGGUGUCUUUGUUCUGAACAAGCAUGUUAUUCUUGUAAAGUUUUAAGUAUAAGUUAAGAUGUUUUGUACAGACCAAGGUAACUGUUAAACUGUCAAGCAAUUACUGAAAUGUUGUAUAGUUAUAAAAGUUUGAUUUCUUUUGCUUUAUAUGUAUAAAAUUGUAUCUUGCCUGUUUUGCUUUGUAUUUCCAACGUGUUGCACAAUUAUGCAUUUUGUUUACAUUUGUUCCUUCUUCAGAAAAAAAAAAAAGAAAUAACAGUAAUACUUUAUGUACAAACAUUUUAAAUGUACUUUUGUUGUUUUUAAACACAAUGUCUCUGUAUAAAUAAUAUUGGUUGAACUGGUACAUUCGUGUCUCUCAUAGAGGGAUUAAUUAUACUGCCAGUGCAUUGAAUUAUUUAAAAAAAAAAAAAGUAAAAUAAAAUUUUUAUGAAAAUGUAA